AUGAAACAUAGAUCUAUUCUUAUAGUUUUGUAUCUUCUCUUAGACAUACCCUUAACAACUUUACUUCUCGGGUUCUUUUCACCAUCAAAGGAGUUUCAUUUCGACAACGUUCUGAAAUACCUCUUAUUUCUCGAUGGAUAUUCAUUUAUAGACAAUCCUUUUGAUUUUGUCGUUUUAGCCUGCAUCAGAGCUUUGUUCCUGAUAACCGCUGUGGUUUUAAUAAUUUUACAUAAAGAGAAAGUGAAUACUGUACUAUUCACACCUGUACUUAUUUACACUAUAUUCUGCUAUUCCUAUACCCUAAUCAAGUUAUUGGCUUUUGCGGAAAAAGCAGAGCAAAUUCGUUAUUGGGGUCUGUGGUACACUAUUUCUUUCUCCAUACUCUCCCCUGUUCUGUUUUGUUGCUUGUGGAGUUGGACAAUAGCGAAAAAGUCUCAUCAUGGCAAUUACGGACGUUUAGUAGAAGAUGAUGCUCAGAGUGUUUCAUCUCAGAGACGACUUUUCUCUGAUCUCGAAUCACUUGUAAAUACAGAAGAUUCACGUAUUAGCACAUCUCAGCAUGCUUGGAAGCUUCUGUCUUACUGUCGAUAUGAAUGGGUCUGGUUUGCUUCCGGGUUCUUCUUUUUGAACAUUUAUGCUUUCGCUCGUGUUUUUAUACCUUCAAUGAUGGGAGAUGUGAUUGCCAACAUUGUCAAGACUAAAGGAUAUGACGUCUUGAUUCAUUCCGUGAUUGUUAUGUCUAUUCUGCUCUUCAUCAGUUCCAUAGCUGGCGGUUUACGUGGAGGAUGCUUUGAUUAUGCUUCCGCACGAGUUAGUCGUCGAAUCAGACAAAAUCUGUUCAGUUCUCUCGUUCUCCAAGAUAUAGCUUUCUUUGAUAUAACAAAAACUGGAGAAAUUGUAUCACGUUUGACAUCUGAUUGUCAGACCAUGUCUACAACAGUUGCAACAAACCUGAAUGUUUUCCUUCGCAAUGGUAUCAUGCUCAUUGGAGCUAUGAUAUAUAUGUUUGUCAAAUCAUGGAAACUGGCCAUGGUUACAGUGAUUGCGGUACCAUUGGUCGCCUGUCUCACCAAGCUUUAUGGUGGUUACUUCGAUUCUUUGUCAGAAAAGAUACAGGACUCUAUCGGAAAGGCAAACCAUAUUGCUGAGGAAGUGUUAUCCACCAUGCGAACUGUUAGAUCGUUUGCUUGUGAGCAUAGAGAAGCCAAAAGAUUUGAUGAUCACCUGGAAACAACAUUGAAAAUGGGCAAAAAGAAGUCUGUAGCAUACAUGGGAUAUACUUGGACUAAUGAAGUCUGUGACAACAUUGUCCUUGUAGCUGUACUUUUCUACGGUGGACAUUUGGUUUUGUCAGGUCAAAUGGCCACUGAGGAUUUGAUAACAUUCCUUCUAUAUCAGAUGCAGCUUGGAGAAAACCUGGCCAGUAUCGGUUAUGUUUUUACUGGCCUCAUGGAAUCCAUUGGAGCGUCUCGAAAAGUUUUUGAAUAUAUGAACAGGAUCCCAGUUAUCACAAUGGACGGAAAAUUACAGCCCGAAGUGAACGGAGAAAUUGUGUUCGAAGAUGUUCAUUUUACUUAUCCUUCAAGACCUAAUAAUGAAGUUCUCAAGGGGCUGAACUUGAAAAUAGAAGCCGGAAGAACCGUAGCUUUGGUGGGGCCUAGUGGUGGUGGAAAAUCAUCCAUAGUUGCUAUGAUACAACACUUCUAUGAACCCAACAGUGGUUCUAUUACUCUGGAUGGUGUGAAGAUUGAAAACAUCUCUCACUCAUACUAUCAUCAGAAGAUAGCCUUAGUUGCUCAAGAACCAGUUUUGUAUGAUGGAAGUAUACGCUAUAACAUUCUAUAUGGAUGUGAUUUUGCUACUGAGGACGAUAUGUUAGCUGCUUCUAAGAUGGCAAAUGUUCAUAACUUUGUUAUGGAGCUGGAGAAGGGAUAUGACACCAACUGCGGAGAUAAAGGUGUUCAAAUGUCAGGUGGCCAAAAACAACGCAUAGCUAUAGCACGUGCUCUAGUGAGAAAUCCUGCGGUUUUGAUACUGGAUGAAGCAACUAGUGCUUUGGAUGCUGAAUCUGAAGCUUUGGUUCAGGAAGCGCUAAACAGAUGCGUCAAAGAGAGAACUGUUUUAAUAAUAGCUCAUCGUUUAUCAACGAUUGAAAAAGCGGAUACAAUAGCUGUUAUACAGAAGGGUUGUUUAGUUCAGUCUGGAUGUCAUCAAGAACUUAUGCUUGAUAAGGAAGGACUUUAUUACUCUCUUGUAGCUAAACAACUUUUAGCUGCUAAAGUGGGUGAGGAAGACAGUUUGUAA